AUGUCAUCAAAUAAACCACAAAAAGAAUCGGAAGAUAUGAACACUUCCCCCAUGGAAGACACAAGUCAUCCUAAACAAACUCUUAGUCACAAUUUGGUUGAGACUAUCCACGACGCCAGUACCCAAAUGCAUGAGGCAUUAUCACAUUUCCAAUGGUUUGAAGGUAUCUCAGGUCAAGACAAUGAUGACGAGUAUAUGGACGAUUUCGUUAACCUUGUCCCUGAAUGA